AUGUCUGAUCUUGCCCCGCCCAUUCUGCGAUUUGACAAGCUGCCGGCUGAGCUGAUUUCUUCGAUCAUAUACUUUGCUCAGAUCGCUUGGCAUAACGAACACUUCGCAGCACAAGCGCCGUAUGUCGGGGUGAAGCGAUAUCAGGUGUCAGAACCCGCCUCUGUGUCUGCCCCGCCGUCUAUCUCGCCAUGCUGCAACGGUACGCGGUGGGAUUCCAGCCGGCCGAUCUGCAUACGCUCAGACUCGGGCAAAGCUCUCCCCCCUCACCUUCCUUCUCCUGCCCAUAGCGCAUCGCUGGUCUCGAGAAAGCUACGCGAUGCGCUUAUUGAUGAAUCUCGGAUCUGGAAACUGGAUAACACAUUGUACCCAGCGAUCGCGAAUCUUUCUGGCGAACACCGCACGACGUCGAGUGGCCGUCAGGUCAUACAAUACGGAGCUCGGAGCCUCAUAGCCCUGGACGUCUGCAUUUGCGUCCUGGCUGGCAUCUCACCCUUCUACUCUAGUCUGGAGCGGGUCAAGCUCAGACUACCGUGGCUCGGCGAUGGAAGCCUGCUGUCUGAGCUACGGCAGUUUCUUCGCGACGUCAGGGGCCGUGCUGACAGCCCUCUGCGUUACUUUGACUUGGAGGCUCUCGUCGAGAACGCGUUUCGGGUUGCGGCGCGAGGACAUUGGCGUGUGACGGCCAUCGAGAGCGAGAACUUACGCUCCAGCCGCUUUUCAGGCGGCAAUCUCUUCUACUACUCGAGGACUCUCCAGUCGCUGUAUCUCCAUCAAGGUCCCAACUCCAACGUCGUCUUUUUUGGAUCGUCUUUAUCGAUCGCCCUCUCAGCGUGCUCCGUCACCAUUGAGUUCUUGACCAUCGACAUUGCCGGAGGCGUCGCGGCGGAACUCGAGGACAGCGUUGCAUUUCCCAAACUCCGCCACUUCCGGCUGUGCAUGGAUUCCGGUUUUGCUACCCUCCUACUCUGCUGGAUGGUCCUGCCCUAUGCCCUCGACCUGCAUCUGGAGCUAGUUGAGUUCUGGAGAAAGAGCUUCACGACGAAGCACCCGGGCGUAUACGAAGUGCCCUUCUGGCCUUCGAUGUAUGCUCCUCCUGUCCAUCUCCUAUGGCGGCGGCCGCAGGACUUUGCGCAAAGCCUGUACCAGCCCCAUUGUACGUCGACGAUAGCGCAUCCCGGCGCCGCACCGCAUCCAGCACACGUCGGCGAUCCAGCCGAGUCGCUUUGGCAACGCUCAAUAGCAGUAAUGGGGCUUGACGUGCGUCUGGACCCUUCCAUCAAGGCCAAUGAGCCAGUUGCUGCGCGGUUCCCAGAGCUCGUCAGCAUAUCGCUGGCGGAGUCGGUCGAAGCGCUUGUGCCAGUCGCGCGUGACCCGGUUGGACGUGAUUGGCAAGGGAGUCAAGAGCUAGAAGGCAAGAUUGCCGCGCGGCGGUCGUUGACAUUCAGAGAUGGGCAGUUCACCGCACGGCGUCGUGAGCGCGACUUCAACAAUCAGUACCCCAAGGCCUUGUACGACACCUUGCGAUACGUGCUGAACGCCGUCCCGGGUCCGUCCACCACGGGCUUUGAACGCCGGGUCGAGGUGUUUGUAUUCGCCAAGGACAGCUGGCUGCCUGACCGCAGCCUAGCGUACCAGCAUAUUCUAGAGAGAUUCAUCUCUCUCAGAUCGAUACUUUUCGACAGUGCUCCGCUUGCCGACGACGCGCAUUUCCGGCAGAAUAUGGAAGGUUGCCUAGCCUUCGCGCAUCUCGAUGCGCUCGCCUUGUACCUCAACAGUCCGGGACCUGCUGGAGCUUAUCCUUGCCCCGCCCUCGAGGUCAUCCGCAUCGCGGGCGAACCUGCGCUGCCGCCGAUUGAUGACGGGCGAUCCAGGGCAGAAGCGUGGGAUACCUUUUGGAAUUCGGCAGGCCGACUGGCGUGCGGUGUUCCUCGGAUUCGCCUUACCGAGAAUGUUCGUCUCGUACUGUAG